UCCAAAUUCAAAUUCAAACCCCAUCCCAGAGAACCCUACCUCGGAUUCCCAGCCCAUUCGCCUGAUUCUCUCUCGUUGACCUCGAAUUCGUCGCUCUGAAGCUCGUUCCGGCAACUGAUCCGCCGCUUGCCCUUCUUCUUCUUUUGCCGCCGCCGCCGAUGGAGACGGGGGAUCGGCGAAGCGACGACCCGUCGCCGAGCCGGCUCGUGGAGUCGAUCAGGGAGAUCGCGAGCCUGCCGGAGUGCCGGAACUGCUGCCGGAAGAUGUACGCCAACCUGGUGCGCCGGAUAAAGCUGCUGAGCCCCCUCUUCGAGGAGCUGAGGGACGGCGGCGGCGGCGGCGGGGGAGAGGCUGGCGGGGAGGAGGAGGAGGAGGAAGAUCGGAGAGGGUUCGAGAUGCUGGGAGCUGCUCUGGAUUCUGCCGUCGCGGCGCUGAGAUCGGUUAAUCAAGGGAGUAAGCUGUACCAGGCUUUUCAAAUUGACAAGAAUGCUGCGAAAUUCCAUCAGUUGACGGGACAAAUUGAAGCUGCUUUGAGUAUGAUCCCUUACGAGAGACUAGAUAUAUCAGAGGAAGUUCGAGAGCAGAUUGAACUAGUGCAUGCCCAAUUUAAAAGGGCAAAUGGAAUAAUGGACUCGCCUGAUUUACAGCUGGUGAUGGACUUAGAUAUAGCUCAAAAGGAAAAGGAGCCGGACCUAGCAGUACUGAAACGGCUCUCAGAAAAGCUUCAACUGAAGACUUUAAAUGAUCUAAAGAAAGAAUCACUUGCUAUCCAUGAACUGGUUAUUUCAAGUGGUGGUGAGCCAGCAAACUACUUCGAGAAGAUGGCAUCGCUGCUUAAAAAGUUGAGGACCUCUGUUAUCAGGGAAAAUCCUGAAGUGGAUACCUUUGAGAGUGAGAAGGGCUCGAUGAAGCACAGAUCCCCUGUUAUUCCGGAUGAUUUCCGGUGUCCAAUAUCUCUUGAGUUGAUGAAAGAUCCGGUUAUAGUAUCCACCGGACAGACAUAUGAAAGAUUGUGCAUCCAGAGGUGGCUUGAUGCAGGGCAUAAGACCUGUCCCAAAACCCAGCAGACACUACUGCACACAGCCCUAACGCCUAAUUAUGUUUUGAAGAGUUUGAUUGCUUUAUGGUGCGAGAGCAAUGGUGUGGAGCUUCCAGAAAAGCAGGGAAAAGGCAGAAGCAAAAGAUCUGGUCGUGUUGCUUCUGAAUGCGAUCGGGCCGCUAUCGAUGCCUUGUUGGAGAAACUAGCCAAUGGAAAUCCGGAGCAGCAAAGAGGGGCUGCGGGGGAGCUCCGAUUGCUUGCAAAGAGGAAUGCAGAUAAUAGAGUGUGCAUCGCGGAGGCGGGAGCAAUUCCACUCCUUGUUGAUCUAUUAUCCUCACCAGAUUCCCGAACCCAGGAGCACGCGGUUACUGCCCUGCUCAAUCUUUCUAUAAACGAAAGUAACAAGGGGACAAUAGUAAAUGCAGGGGCUAUAUCUGACAUCGUGGAUGUGCUGAAAAACGGAAGCAUGGAGGCAAGAGAAAAUGCUGCAGCCACCCUUUUCAGCUUGUCGGUAAUUGAUGAGAACAAGGUGGCCAUUGGAGCAGCCGGGGCUAUCCCUGCCCUUAUAAGAUUGCUGUGCGAAGGCACUCCCAGAGGAAAGAAGGAUGCCGCAACUGCAAUCUUUAAUCUUUCAAUCUAUCAGGGGAACAAGGCGAGGGCCAUAAAGGCCGGUAUCGUGGGUCCGCUCAUGAGACUGCUGAAGGAUGCCGGGGGAGGGAUGGUGGAUGAAGCAUUGGCGAUCCUAGCGAUCCUCGCAAGUCAUCUAGAAGGAAGGACGGCAAUCAGUCAAGCCGAGCCCAUCCCUGUGUUGGUGGAGGUUAUAAGGACCGGUUCGCCCCGGAAUCGAGAGAAUGCGGCGGCAGUGCUAUGGUCUCUGUGCUCAGGUGAUGUAGAGCAGCUAAAAUUUGCCAAAGAUCUCGGAGCAGAGGAGGUACUGAAGGAAUUAAUGGAGAGCGGCACCGACCGUGCCAAGAGAAAAGCCGGGACUCUCCUGGAGCUUAUCCAACGAGCCGAGCCGGCUCCUGAAUUGUGACGUACGUGUCUGGUGAGAGUGAUUUUGGAGUUGUUUUAAAGAAACGUUAGGUACAGGGAAGAACGUCGGCGAAGGAAGAUUCUUUACAUGUAUUUAUUCUGUUUCAUGAUGUACAUAAUUGAUACCUGCACGGCAGUGUGAAUGACAGGUUCGGUCCUCGAUUUUUCUUCCCUCA